GACAGUAAUGUCGUCGUCUAAUUUAGAAGCACCUCCAUUAAUGCGAAAAUUAUUAAUUGGACAAUUAUUUCAUAAUAUUGAUAAAUUGCCAAUAUAUAAUUCAAUUCGACAAAUUUGGGAAAUGGAUCUCCUUGACAACACCACCACCACCACCACCAAUAAUACUAAUAAUAGUGUUCUGAAGAAAUUAUCAUGGUGUAUGCUUUGGUUACAAGGUAGAAUCAUAAAAAAUUAUCAGUCACCUAAUAAUAAUAGUAAUAAUUUCUUAUUAGAUGAUGGUACAGGUGAAUUAUUAAUUAUUUAUGAUUUAGACAAAAACCAACCAGUCAAUUAUAAAGUAAAUAUUGGAGAUUAUGUUGCUGUAAUUGGUAAAUUAGUUCAACCUAAUAAAGAUAAUAAUAAUGAUUAUGAUGAUAAAAAGGAAUGUUUAAAUGGUUGGCAUAUUCUAGCUAAAAGUGUUACACAUUUAACUGAUCAUAUUAUACAACAAGAUAAUGGUGAAUUAUUUACAUCAUCAUCGUCAUCAUCACAAAAGAUCAUGUCGAAUUCAGCAUUUUAUGAACUAUCAUGGCCUUUAGAAGUUAUAGAUAUGACAUAUUCUGUAUAAAAUUGAAUAUGUUUUGUAAAUACUCUUUUUUUAUAAUGUAAAAUAAAAAUGUUCACA